AUGUCUGUCAUCGACACUACCAAGGACCUCUCGGCACUUUUCACGAAACAGGUCCAUGCUACCCCGGAUCUGAUUGCAUUGGAAGACGACAAGCAUACGUACACUUACCAAGAGCUCCACGACAAAGUCGCUGCCCUCGCUGACCGGCUGCGGGGCCAUGGCGUCGGCCGUGACAGCUUGGUUGGUGUCCUGUUGCCGCGAUCCGCCGACUAUGUAAUCGCCUGUCUAGCAGCACUACGGGCGGGUGGUGCAUUUUUAGUCUUGGAAUUGGCCUAUCCUCCCGAUCUCCUCGCAGAUGUUCUCGAGGAUGCUCAACCAACCGUCGUGGUUACUAUCAGCGCCGAAGUUGGUAAGAUUAAGGGAAGCACACCGCUUGUUGUUCUGGAUGAAACCAGUCCGACUACGAACGGUCAGUCGGACAAGUUUGAGCUGAAGCCACUGCCCGACGAUACCGAUUUGGACCGCUUAGCAUUUGUUGCAUACUCCAGUGGAACGACCGGUAAGCCGAAAGGCAUCGCGAAUCCACACCGAGCAGCAGUUCUCUCAUAUAACCUCCGAUUCGGACUUUCGGAUAUACAACCAGGCGAUCGAGUUGCCUGCAAUGUCUUCUUCGUCUGGGAAAUUCUACGCCCGCUGUUGCGAGGUGCGACUGUUGUUGCUGUACCGGACGAAGCAAGCUAUGACCCGCGUAUGCUCGUCGACCUACUUGCCUCCAAGAAAAUCACUGAGACUCUCUUCACACCAACACUUUUCUCUGCCGUUCUUGCUCGUCACCAAGCGCUGGAGACGCGUCUGCCAAACUUGAAGACUGUUUGGCUUAACGGCGAAGUUGUGACAACCGACCUUGCACGGCGUGGUAUCAAAGCUCUACCCAAUACCCGCCUCCUCAAUGUAUACAGCGCAUGUGAGACACACGAGAUUGCUUGCGGAGAUAUUAAGGACAUGCUUGAGAAGCUGGACAAGGACGCCGCCUACUGUCCUGUAGGACCGCCGCUCAUUGAUAGGAAAUACAUCUAUAUCGUGGACGAAAGUGGCCAGAAGGUGGACGAAGGAGAGAAUGGCGAGCUUUGCGUAGGCGGACACUUGCUUGCUCGAGGAUACCUCAACCGCCCUGAGACUACCGCCAAGGCUUUCAUUCGCAAUCCGUACAGCUCGAAGCCUGGUGCUCGUAUGUACAGGACUGGUGACAAAGCACGCCUUCUAUCGAAUGGGUUGCUCGAGAUCACGGGCCGUGUUGGAGCCAUGAUCAAGAUCCGUGGAUACUCUGUGGUACCUGGAAAAGUUGAGAGCGCGAUUCUCAACCAUUUAGCCGUCAGCCACUGCGCCGUAGUACCUUUUGGAGAAGGUAUCGAUCGACAACUGGUUGCAUACAUCGUUCGAGACAAGGAUACGUCUGCAGAGCGUCCAGAAGUCGAAAUUGACCGAACAGGCCGUAGCUCGACAGCCAGGCGCAUGUUGAUGGCAUAUCUUGCCCAUUAUAUGAUACCCGCACUCUGGGUCGAAAUGGAUAGUCUUCCAACGAGCGAUGUAUCUGGAAAGGUUAAUCUCAAGGCUCUUCCUCCUCCCAGACCUGCAUCUCCUACUGGAAGCGCACGCAAAUUCGAGCAGAGUCCUAUCUCCAUCGAACAGAUUACCGAAAUCUGGGCAUCUAUAUUGAGCAUUAGCCCAAGCUCCAUUACUCCCGAAUACAACUUCUUCGAUCUCGGUGGUCAUUCACUGUUACUUGCUGACCUGGCCGCGCGUUUAUCAAACACUUUCGGAUUCAGGGUACCAGUCGCACGCCUCGCCACUCCAGCAACGCUCAACGGCCACCUUGACACUGUUCGCGCCAUUCGUGACGGUCACACCGCCGAGGUACAGGAGAACCUACCCGCCGUUCUACGUGCAGACUCCGUACUAGAGAAGGAGAUCCAACCCAAGAAUGCCAAGAUGUGUGCGCUCAAAGACGCAAAGACCGUACUACUUACUGGUGUCACUGGUUUUUUGGGCGCUUUCCUUCUACGAGACCUGCUUGAGAGCACAUCUGCCCAGAUUGUUUGCAUGGUUCGAUUCGCUGAUUCCUCGCAAGAUGACAUACCUGCUGGUAUUGCUAGGAUACGCAGGAACCUGCUGGACUUUGGUCUGUGGAGCGACAACAUCAUGGAGCGUGUCGAGAUUCUUCCAGGAAAUUUGUCACGUAAGCGGUUCGGUCUCGCUCCUGACACGUUCAAGAGUUUGGCGGAACGCCUUGACGUAAUAGUUCAUGCGGCUGCCACUGUCAACCUGGUUUAUCCUUAUGCUGCGCUACAGAAACCCAACGUUGGUGGUACAAGAGAGGUUCUUCGUCUUGCCGCUCAAGGUGGUGCUACAGUGCAAUAUAUUUCUACUAACGGAGUGCUUCUUCCUGCCGAAGGCCGCGAAGGAUGGUCAGAAGACGCCAUGCUUGAGGUCGAUCAAGUCACCAAGCUCGCUGAUGGUUACGGUCAGACUAAGUGGGUGGCCGAACAGCUUGCUCUGGAGGCUGGCCGAAGAGGUCUUCCCAUCAAGAUUCACCGUCUUGGAACUAUUAGUGGCCACAGCGAGACAGGUGCUGCUAAUGCAUGGGAUCUGUUGACAGCCAUGAUUGUUGAGUCGGUCAGAAUCGGCUACUACCCCGAUGUCAAGGGUUGGCGCGCGGAAAUGACCCCAGUCGACUUCGUCAGCAAGGCUAUAAUGCACCUCAGCAACCAAACCGAGACAGAGCAAACAAUAUUCCACAUUGGAGAUCCCGAUCCGGUCGACAUCAACAAGGUAUUCGAAGAUCUCAGUGCGCUAGGCUAUCCAACCCAGCCGAUAGAAUUCGAAAAGUGGACCAGCCUUUGGGAUGAUAAACGAGGUUCCGCCAAAGGUGGUGAUGGUGCUUUCACGGUUGAUAUUCUACGAAGCGGUAUGCCAACUAUUGAGUUCCUGAGGGAUGUUGUUGUGCUCGACAACGCAAAGACCAGGCCGCUACGUCUUGCGGUAGAACGCCCGAAAGUAGAUCAAGUACUUCUUGAGACAUACACAAGGCACUGGUAUGCACGAGGCUGGCUUCCAAAGCCGCCUACGCAACAGGACGCUGCAGGUGGAUCUGCUAGGCUUCCUCGAAGAGGCCCUCUUUUCGGUAAGGUCGCCGUAGUCAUGGGCGCAUCAUCCGGUAUUGGCGCUGCUACCGCCGCUGCUCUUGCCCGAGAAGGCUGCCACGUUGCCCUCGCAGCACGCCGCAUCGAUGCUCUUGAAGAUCUGAAGAAACGUCUCGUGAUCCGCGAAGGCAAGAUCAUUACGCAGAAGACCGAUGUCACCGACAAGGCUCAGGUCGAAGCCCUUGUUGCUGCAGCAGAGAGCCAACUAGGACCUGUUGACAUCUUUGUGAAUGUCUCAGGAGUGAUGUACUUCACCAUGAUGGCCAACACAUACACUGACCAAUGGAACCAAACAGUCGAUGUCAAUUGCAAAGGUCUCCUCAAUGUCAUCUCCUCCAUUGUACCUUCGAUGCUCAAGCGUGGAAAGGGUCACCUCCUCGCCAUCUCAUCGGAUGCUGGGCGAAAAGUCUUCCCUGGUCUGGGCGUCUACUCCGCGUCCAAGUUCUUCGUCGAAGCUACACUGCAAAGUUUGAGGCUUGAAACAGCGGGUACUGGGCUGAGAGUCACUGCUGUGCAGCCAGGAAAUGUGGCGACAGAUCUUUUGGGAAUGAGCACAGAUCAGGAAGCUCUCAAGAAGUUUGGAGAGCCAAGCGGCGCGAAGGUGCUGGAUCCAGAGAACGUAGCUGAGUGCAUUGUGUAUGCGCUCAAGCAGCCAGAGCACGUUUCCGUGAACGAGGUACUUAUUGAGCCAAGAGAUGAGCCCAUCUAG